AUGAUUGAUAGGGCUCAAACUCCGAGCUAUUCUACCCCGCCGUCAACUCCUGAGCCAACCAGCAUUAUAGAUUCCUACUCAGUCGGCAGGAACAGACUCCGGUCUCAAACUACAAAGGGUAUUAAAGCUGUUGUACAACACAACAACACUACAGCCUAUUAUCAGCCUUCUUACGGUCGAAAUAGACCGCAAAGAACUAUCCCCCCUCCGGGGUAUAUUACUGUCUGUUUGGAACCCAAUGCCCACCAUGUUAACGCAACCCCAAAUCCAUCGGAAAACCGAAAAGUUAGAAAGGCUCAAACUCAAACGCAAAGCACUGUCACUACGGCCUAUUAUCAGCCUUCUUACGGCCGUAAUAGGCCGGAAAGAAUAAUUCCUCCACCGGUGUAUACCGAUACCGCUGGCCCGACGUCCACCAGACAGCUACAAAAGCCAAAACUUGCUAUAUCAAAUGCUUCAAACACCUUCAUUGCUGGCGCCGAUAUGAGGCCACAAGUUAGAAAUGCAUAUUAUCAGCCCUCAUACGGCCGCAAUAGGCCAGAGAGAACUGUAAUGCCGCUCACACAGGGGAACAACACUGGUAACAUCGGUCUAUUUUCCAAUACGCUUCGUACAGGGACGCGACCGCCAUCCAGAGAUGGCCCGUUGUCCGUACAUAGUUCAUCAUCCAAAGAUUUGUUGUCACCAGUUGGGUUCGGCCCAUCACCAUAUUCAACAGAUGGUCCAAUGCAUUCAAAGGACAUCACACCACCACCAGGAGAUGAGGAAUCUCUAGAAAGUCAAAUUGCUCCAACUUCAUCUUUGAUUCCCAUCUCAGCCCAAGAAUCGGUUACCGCACUGAGCCCAACUCCAAUGUGGGCUCUAAAUCAGAUGCCAACUCGAGGCCGAGCUCAGGCCCUAGCUCCUGGCCUGGCUAUAACUGCAGAUCCGCCAACAAAGCUGCGUGCAUAUAAACGUGCUUUGGCUGGAGUUGUGGGCAGAUCCAGUGUUGUUAAGUGCUAA